CACGAGGAAGCAUUGCCUCAUUCUUUACUGGGACAAGAAAGUGCCUCUGUAUUAAAGAACAGUUGUGCUUGUCGAGUCAGUCGAAUAUCUGAUGGAUGCUGUACUAGACUUUGUGGUAAAUGAAGAUACGAUACCAGUAGAUGUCAGCACUACGUUGAAGCAUUUCAUAAACAAACUUGAUGAGUGCUCGAGGAACAGCAUAAAGCGAUGCAAAGAGCGCAGUCUGGAUGAGGCAAGCCAGCUGCUGAGGAAGAUAUCAGAGAAGCAGCUCCAGUGUUUGGAGGAGAAGCACCUCCUGCCACUGAUCAGGCUCCUUGUCGCCAUGCAAAUCCAGAUGUUCAACAUGUCAAUCGCCAGUCGAAAAUUAGACCAGAUGUUGCAACAACUGGCGAAAGUCAACCGCUUGCUGGUUUUUCAAGAGAUCAAACAACAUUUGUGCUCCAUAGUGGAAAAGGAUCAGGCAUUAUCAAUUCGGGACCUCCAGAUAGCCUGCAUGUUUCUGGAGGACAGCUCUAUUGGCCGUGAGCUGUGGAGAGAAGCAUGUCCUUCAUUGCUAAAUAAAGUGGCUGCGUUAUUUCCUGUAAUUCUGGAGCAGGAGGGUUUGAGGAAUGGUCCACUAUGUUAUCAAGCUGUCAAGGUAUGUUUGCAGGUGUUCCAGCUCCUGCCAGGUGAGGUGGCCUCUCUCAUGUUGCAAAAGGACCAGGAGAGUCUGGCAGUGCAGACCAUCCUACAGUUUCUACUGGACAUCAUUCUGGGACAGUGCUCCAACAGAGACACCCGUCUCCUGGCUGGCACCACAGUGGCCAUGUUGAUCAACACUGUACCAGAGACUGCAGAGGGAGGUGCAGCUGCUUGGAGUUUGCUACACAUCAGUCAAUCAGAGCCCUGGCCGCUGUGCGUGGGCGGUUUGCAGGCGCAGUGUAUCGCCCGGGGGCAGGACGGAGUUGACCGACUCGCUGUGUGCAGGGGCCUGCUGACCUGCUGUACAAGGGAUAUCCUGGUCUGUCCAGCGGACACCGCAAAGACUUGUUUACUCCUGGAUGGUUUGUUUCCUGUGGUCUCUGCCCUGUGUGAGGAAAAGCUUGACUGUCACUACUAUGUCUUUGAAGUGUUAACUAUGUGGCUGAAGCGUGUUAAGGAAUGCCAGGCUAAAGUCUGGGAGGUGACUGGCGCUCCCCUGCUGGCUGAUGACUCAAGCCUGAGACAAGAACUCAUCCAGGUCAUCUGGAACAAUGCUGAGAGCCCGGUGGAGGGGGUAUCAGAGUUUGUCCGCAGUGCUUUCUGCCUGCUGCUGGAGAUCUAUGACAUGGACUGCAAGCAUUUUGGAGACACUCAGAAGAAUCUGCACAUUUCCCUACUAUGGCGCAUAACCAAACUGCCCUGGGAGGCCAAAGCCAAAUAUGCACCCCUGUGUUCACUUCUCCCUUAUGUAGGCACUGACAAGGUGCUGGAGCAGUACCCUGAGCUACCCAACCAUCUCCUGAGGUGUCUGUCCACCAAUCACCUGUCCCCAUGUGCCUCUGAGCUGUACAGGUGUCUUAUCCAGCAACAGAGGCAAGAGCUGUGUGAGGCAGUGAACCAGGAUGCUCUGCCCUUGGAGUCCGAUUUGGCCAGUCAGUGGGCUAAGCGUUGGUGGCCCACUCUCCUGGAGGCUCUGACCUCUGACGUGACCCUUCUUCAGACCAACAGUUCAAACUACCUCCUGCCCUGUACUCUGCGUGUCUUCCCCUCUGCCAUGGAGCCUCUGCUGGCAACCCUGGACCCUGCAAAAUCAGGGCACCUCCAUGCCUGGGCUUGUGUGAUGAGCGCCCACCGGGCUGCUUAUGGGGGCUCCCCCUGGGCCCUGGGGAGUGUCUCUGCCCUGGAGACCCUCCGUCUGGCCCUGGGAUGUGUGGAUGACAAAGUCCGCCUGGCUGCUCUCAACCUGCUCUGCUGUAGCCCAAAGACCAAAGAGGCCCCAGGCCCAGAGGAGCUGUCUACCAUGAGGACCUUCAUCCCACAGAACCUGAACAGUGAGUCCUCACCGUUUCGCCAGCACCUCCAGGCGGGGGUGAAAAGGUUCUUGGUCCGGAUCCGAGACAGCUGCCUGGCCCGGCUCAGAGGACGAAAGGGCAAAAGAGACGACACCAGCCUCACGGAGGAGAUGGAGAUGGCGCUACAUCAGGGUGUAGGGUUUGUGGACUGGCUGUCCCAGCUGCCCUUGUCCUACCUGGCACCAGGUCACAGCUAUCAGAGGAAGAAGACUGUCCUGCUUCUGUUGUCUGCGGUCCUAGAGACCUGCACUGACACCUGGAGUCCAGAAAAGAAGAAGGGCCAGCCCCCAAUUAACAUGGCCUCUUUAUUCGACUGGGCGAGGCAAAGAGGACUGUGGGAUUUCUUCUCUAGAUCUAAACAGCUUGUCCUUAUUGGAUGUUUAGAGGAUUCUACCAAUGAAAUUCGGGAGCUUUCUGCAGGAUUACUGUUGAGGUUUUUCCCAGCCAGUUUUUCAGAGGACAUCACUGCUGUGCUGUUCGGCCGAGCGGAGCAGCUCCUCUGCAGCCCCCGUGUGCCAGAGGCUCAGAUUGGAGCUUUGAUCAUCAAAGUCCUUCUUCAAAAGUCUGGAGGCCAGUCUCAUGUUCCCUGGCUGGACAGCAGGAUCAACUAUGUCAGUUCUGGGGACUCCAAGGCAUAUACUCUGGUUGGGUACCUACUUAAGAAACUCCAGCAACAUUAUCUGACUGCUACGGAUGAUGUGAUGCUGGCUGCAAAGACCAAAUCCAUACAUGGGAUUUUGACGGCUCUAGAAAGGUGUAUACUGGAGGUACCCAGAACCCUGAGCGAUGUGAUUGACUACAGAGUGACCAUAGAUAUCCUGGUUCUGUUGGAGAAGAUCUCUCUGCUCCUCCUGGGUGUUCUCUAUGGAGACCUGGAAGCUUGUGCGGAUGACAGAGAUUUGCUCCCAUCUUUUUGUGACAUGGGGAAUGCCAUCACCUCUCUGAUUGGCCAAGGGGCCCAGGAAGAGGGGGACGAGGGUGUGCUGCUGUCUCAGGAACACAGCCUGGUCCUCACUUUCUGCUGGGUCUCCCUCAAGGAAAUAGGAAUAUUUCUAGGUUCCCUGGUAGAAAGAAUCCUUUCUGAGGCAAAACCGACUGAAUCCUAUCUAACCUUAGAAGACCUGAAAAGGGCCUCAAAAGUGUUCAAGAACAUUCUUCUGAAAUGUCGCCACUGGGGGGCGGUAGAGGGCUGCUGUGUGGGCUUCACCAGGUUCUGUGCCAGUCUCCUGAGCAGCAGUGACCCAGAGCACAGGGACAUCCCAUCUCACAUGCUGAAGCAGGGCCUGGAGAUGCUGCGGUCCCCUCGCAGUACGUCAGUGACCCGGCGUGCCGCAGGGCUUCCCAUGCUCAUCCUGUGUGUGGUGUCCGCAGAGGAGGCCAGUAAGACCCGGCCCCUCCUGGCCCACAGCAUACACACCCUGCUGGACACCGCCUGGGCCCCCUUGCCCCACGACUGGGACCAGACACUGGACCUGCCACAGGUGUGUGCGGUCCACACCCUGCAGGCCCUGGUGCGCGGCUCCGGGCUGGGGAUGGCUGUGCUUCAGUUUGCCCCGGCUAUGACCAUCCUGUCCCUGACCCUCCUCAGUUCCCCCUGCUGGGCCAUGAGGAAUGCCGCCCUGCAGCUCUACAGCGCUCUGUGCUCAAGGAUGCUGGGUCAGCGGUCGGGGGGUGAGGAGGGCUCCACCCAGCAUGGCAUGUCUCCUUCCGCCUUCUUCGCCCAUUACCCCGCCCUGCAGCCCUUCCUCCUGGGGGAGUUGAGGAAGGCGGCUGGGGACCUGCAGGGCCCAUCUGGGCAGGCGUGGCUCCGCCUACACCCAUCUCUUUACCCGGUCCUCACACUUCUGGCUAAACUCCAGCGAGGUGUCCAAGACCAUACAGGGACUCUGUCAGACUUCCUGAAUCCCCUCCUCCAGCUAGCUGCCAGUCCCAUCUACAGUGUAAGGGUCGUGACCUCCAAAGCCUUGGUCGCCAUGACGCCCCCCUCGCAAUACAUGAGUACCUUGCUUCGGUUGACAGAGGAGCUGCCGGAGCCCCAUCACCCCGGCUGUCACAAUCGUCUGCACGGACAACUACUGCAGAUCACAGCCCUCCUGGACACUGGUCUAUGCACAGACAGCUCUCCCCCAGAUGCCUUGUGUGAGGUGGUCGGUCGAGUAGAGUCCAGGCUAUGGCUGGUUACUGGGGCUCAGUGCUGCCCCCUGGUGUGUGGGGCCUACCUGGGUGUGGCAGGGCUGCUUAGGGCGCGCUGCUCACAGGGGUUCCUCCACCAGCUGAUUGGCCUGCUUCUGUCAGAGCUCCACUCACCAAACCACAGACUCCAGGUACCCGAAAGACUCUUACGCACACACUUCUGUGUUGGGGUUGCCUCUUUUCAUCAAAAUGCCAUCCACUUCCUGUGUGCAGAGCCCAGGUGGGCUUGCCAGUUGUGGGGGAGUUUCUCCACAGAGAACUCCGACCUGAGGCUUUCAUUGGUCAGUUGGGCAGCGGAGAGGCAUAGAUGGAGUGGGAUCGGCAUUCAAAAGGAGCUCCUGACAGCACUGCAGGCCAACCUGAAGGAGGCGCUGUUGGCCCAGAGUGUAGAAUACCGCAGGACAUAUUUGUCAGCCCUAGUGGAAGUGAUGACACCGGUGAGUGAUCCUACUUUGUCCCCGGAGCUCGUCCCUUCCCUGCCCGAGGGUUCAGCCAUGCUGGAGUGUUUGGAGCUGCUUCUGGGGGCCCUGGAGGGCUGCAGAGGUGGGCCAGAGUUCCUCUCCCAGGCCCUGUGUGCUGCCAGCCUGCUGCUGUCCCAAAGUUUUCAGAUAUCUCUGCUCCCUCGCUGGUGCAGCCUGUUGGAGGUCCAUCGGGCCCCGGAGGCCCCGCAGUCUCUCAGGAUGGCCUGUGCCUGGGCCCUGUGUCUGGCUGGAGCCCCCUUACUAACCCCAAAACUGAGGGAGCGCUCUCCUCUUCCUGUCUUCAGCACCAGGUUAGAUAUCUUAAACAGAUUGAUCAACACUGGUCUUUACCUGCUGCAGGAUGAGAACCAGCAGGUGAGGAUGAAAGCAGCAGAUUUUGCCUCAACACUCUGCCAUGCCAGGAAAGGUGGCGAGGAGAAGAGUGUGUACCUGAUGCAGGUCAACCAGGCGCUGCCCUUCCUGCUGGAGCUGCUUCUGGAGGAAUGCUGGGAUAGCCCCGGUACCCUGGAGGUGUUGCUGAGUCACCUGCCCCAGUCUGACGUGAGCUUUGUAGUGAAGGAGGCCAGGGACUCUGGGUGUACAAGUCUCUAUGAGCAAGAUGAGGUCAACGUGUUUGCUGAACCAUCUGUUAUGUCAGCGUGUAUGCUUCCAUACCUGCUUCAGCUUGCUGAAAAGUACAAAGUGUCCUCAGUGAUGGAGGAGCGGCUGGGGGUUUGGGCCAGGGAGAAUGUUACAGACCUGCUGGAGAACCUCAGGAUCUGCAAGGACCUCUACCCAGAUGGAACACUGGACCUGGCCUGGUUAACUUUUCUCAUGGAUUCUGGUUUUCAUGGCGCAGUGUGUGGCCUGUUAGUCAGGGCAACAUUCCUUCUGCGGCUGCUGGAAAUUUCUGAUGACCUCCGAGCCCUCGGUGACCCCAAGAAUUUACGAAGGGACAUCCAAGAAGUUCACAGUGUGCUUGGCCAGAAUGGUUGCCAGCUGCCUUCAUUGCAACUCUGACUGGAGACCUGCCUGGAUGAUUGUGGUCUCAUCCACACUAUGACAGUUAAGGGUACCUCUGUGAUAAUCCAAGUUCAGAAUAUUUGGAUCUAUGGCAGCUAGAAACAGCUUGAAUGGACAUUCCCUCUCUUGGUGCUGACACUAUAGUGGCAUUUGAAAGGAAGGCUCUCUGAUUAGUUUUGCAAAAGACUGACUACAGCCAGGUGCAUGUUAUGAUCAGAUUACUUACAUCUCCUGAUAAGAAGCCUGCAAUGGAUUGACCAGCUAUAGAGAGCCUUUCCUUAUACCUCCAGUACCUGAGGUAACUGGGAUCUCUACAAACACUUAGAGCACAUGAAGAGAAUGCUUGUUUGUUAUACCAAUUGUUUAUGUAUUUGCUUGCCUUUGUAAUCUUAAUUAAAGUAAUGUAUGUUUUUUCAUGUUAAAA